GUCCCCGCGGUGUCCGAGUCCUGCCGGCUGUGUUACGCGCCCCUGCUGUAGAAAAAAACACAGAAGGAAAACUUCAUAGAAAUGGCGGAGGGUGCUUCGACUCUCAAAGGCUUGCGAGCCCAAAUGGCUGCAGCUGCACAGGCACAAGCCGAGGAACGGCGCAGCCUGUCAGGGAACAGCCCUACAGGACCUACAACCAACACAUCAGCUAAACCUCAGGGGAGUAGGCCAGUCAUCGACGGUGCCGCACUUAGAAUAGACGACCGACUGCGAGUGGCAAAAGAGAGGCGAGAGGAGGCAGAGAGACAACAGGCUUUGCGAGACUCUCAGAUCAUGGAGCGGGAGCGCAAGGCCAAGAUGCAGGUGGAGCGUCAGAUGGAGGAGCGUCAGAAAAAGGUUGAAGAGCAGCGAAAGAAGGAGGAGCAGAAACGAUUGGCUGUGGAGGAGAAGAGGAAGCAGAAACAGGAAGAGGAAAAGGAGCACUAUGAGGCGGUGAUGCGUCGAACACUGGAGCGUAGUCAGCGACUGGAGCAGAGGCAGAAAAGAUGGUCCUGGGGAGGACUGUCCACAGACUCAGAUGGACGGACAGGAGACUCUGAUGCCAGCGCCUCAUCUCCAGUAACUAUAGUUAUCUCCCCUGCCUCACCAGAAAAGCCACCAAGGAGUCGACAAGUGGACAAGCGCUCCACAUCCACCAUGAACCUGAAACAGCCGUCUGAGGCUGGCAUCAGCAAACGCCUAUCCUCCUCCUCUGCCACCCUUAUCAAAUCUCCCGACAAAAGUGCUAAGCCGAGGAGUUCUUCUUGUAACCGGUUGCCUAACAAUGGUAACGCUGCUCAGGCCAGUAAGGAAGACGGCAAAAAGCUUCAGGUGGAACAGACAGGCCGUUCCGUCAAGAAGAGAAGUUCCUCCCUCACUCGAGUAAGUGUGGGCAGAGCACAGACCCCUGCCAAGCCUGAUAAGGGGACAACGGACGAUCAAGCUCGCAGGCCACCGGCCGGCACUGUGGACGGAGGGGUCCUUAGUCGCCUGCUCACCCCCACCCAGGCCUCACUAGCUAGGAGCAAGAGCGCCGCCGCCCUGUCCGCUGAAGGAACAAAUGCUCCAGAGUGUCACCUGUGUCCUCGCUCAGCCUCUGCCAGUCCCCUGCACCCACCGCGGGGACCCGUGCGCAGCCGCAGCAUUGACCGACAGAAGAGCGGCAUGACCACGUCUGUGUCAGCUGAUGGAGCCCUCGACCCUUCACUGAAGGACAAGCAGUUUACAUCGCCUGGAAGGCAACGUCCCCCCUCCCCAUCUUCUACCCUGGGACGCAACCGUUCACCAUCCCCAGCACCCAACCCCGCCCCGAAGAGGACCCCAUCCCCAACAGCAUCCAAGCAAAGUCCCAAGACACGCCCACCCUCACCGGGUGCAAUGAAACAACGUCCCCCAUCCCCUCAGCCUACGUCAGCUAAACCUCCUCCUAUCCAGAAACCAGCUCUCACUCCAACAGGACCUCCCAUCUUGCGGAAGAGGGACUCCAAGCCCAAGGAUCUGUGUCCUGUCCAGGCUGUGUCUCCACAGUCCUCUGAGUCCAGCAAGACCAAAGACAAAGAUGACUCUAAAGCCUCGACGGGCACCAACUCAGCCGCUGAAGCAGCCAAGAUCCUGGCAGAGAACCGCAGGCUGAUGCGAGAGCAGAAGGAAAGAGAGGAGCAGCUCAGGAUACAGAGAGAGGAAGAGGAGAAGGUGAGAAAGGAAGAGGAGAUGCGUUUAGCAGAGGAGGCUCGACUGAAACGCCUGGAGGAGGAGAAGAUACUUGCAGAGGAGAGGAAAAUUAGAGAGGAGGAAGAGGCUCGCCUAGCAGAGGAGGAGCGGGUGAGAAUGGCUGAAGAGGAGGCAUUGAAACAGGCUGAGCUCCAGAAGGAACGGGAGGAGGCUGAGGCCAGAGCCCUGGAGGAGGCAGAGAGAGUCCGUCAGGAGAGAGACCGCAUCAUGCAGCAGAACCAGCAGGAACGAAUGGAGAGGAAGAAGAGGAUUGAAGAGAUAAUGAAGAGAACCAGAAGAGGGGACCAAAAUGACUUGAAGAGAGAAGCAGGAGAUGACGAUAAACAGGAGGAUGGAGAGGAAGGAGAGGACGGAGAGGACCAGAUAAACUAUGAAACCCAGAGCCAGACAGAUGAUAUCACCAUGGAGGAUGACAAAGAUGGAUGUGAUCUGUCCUGUGGUGAACCGAUGGCAGAGCGCCAUGAGCCUCUGGGCAGUGUGAACGGAAAACCAGAGACAGACGACAAGGAGAAUAACAAUGGCAUAAGCACAGAUGAGACUCAGGCAGUAAGUCCAGUCCCUAAGGGCCGCCUAGUUGAGGGCUCGGAGUUCCUGAAUGACUCUGCCAAGGUGGGGUUAGUCUCAGGUCUCAACGGUAAAUCCAACCAGUGGAGCUUUGAGGAACUCAUUGACCUCAACGUCCACUCCAAGACUCGGCCCCUCAUCGAGGCCGAGGACUGUAACCAGGUCCUGAUCAACUGUGACGGGAGCUCAGAUGGGACCAGGGUAGCCUUCGAGGACAAGGGAACCCCCGUCACCCUGCAUUCCUCCAAUCAGCCCAUAGAAGCCCUGUCAGAGAUGUGAUGCUGCAGCCGUCGCUGAGAAGCCUCUUACCGUUGCACUCGAAAAGUUCCUGUCCAGCUGAGCUCCUUAAAAAAGUUCUCUACCAGUUCCAAACAGCUUCCUCCUCUUUCUCCUCCUUCUCUUCCAGAGGGAGGAGCACAAGGUGAAGCGGAGAGACCACCCCAAGUGCUACAUUUGCACCCCACAUUAUGAGGAAACAAAUACAUUAAAAUCAUAUAUAUCUAAAGAAAAACAAAACGUAAUGCUUCAGGGAAAUUUCAUUAGUCCUUCAACACACUCGCUUCAGGUCUCUUUCCUCUUCCUCUUGUGUUUAGUUCUCCAGAUUUGUUUUUCUAUGUCAUUGUCCACAUUUGAUGAUGUUUUUUAAGAGUUUGUCUUUGUCAGGGGUGCAUUUGUUGUAAUUUAUUAAUUUUGGCUCCUUUGUUAUUGUAAUUAUUGUUAUCAUAUGUUUAGUCUUUUUGUUUUCUCUCGUAUGAGAAUAUUCCAGGACACAUGCACAUUCGGCUGUGUGAAUUGAAUAUCGUCAGUUAAAGGAAGGAACAUUAAUACUUUCUGUUCUGUCGGGGGGGUUGGUGGGGAUAGCAUCCCAGGUUUUGCAUGUGAUUCAUCUAAAUUUACUUGACCGGCUGCUUUUCGCAGCAUCCAGCAAUAUGGCCUUACCAUUUUCCCCCAACUUCUAAUUCUUAAGUGUGACUCUGCUAAAGUGCUUGUGCUGAAGCUCAUUCACGCACAGUUUAGUUCGUCAUGUGCUUAACACUUGGGAGUAGAUUCUGUAUUCAUACUCCACAGAGCUCUGUCCUCUCAGCCCCAUACUCUCCAAACUCUCUAACUGUGUGUUUCCUUCUCUGGCCACUAGAGGGCAUCAGGAGCACCACUCCAACUGUUACAUUUAAAUCUGAAGAGUGUUGAGAUUCAUUCACAACACUAGUGAAAUCACAUGUUCAGUGAAGUUUCAUUAGUUUGUUCAUUUAGGGCUCGUUAAGGUCUUGUUUAUUUUACAUAUGUAUAUAGAAUUUAUGUUUACUAACAACGUCAUUGUUAUUUUCAUCAGAAUCUGAGUUGCAUCCAGUUUUAGUCUCAUCUCCACCAACUGCAUUUGCACCACACAACUGUUUGAAUAACCAUAGCUGCGACAUAGUGUCUUAACAGAUUAAGUCCUUUAGUUUCAUUCAUAGCUGCGUCUGAGCUUCUUAAAGGAAAACUUCACCCACAAAAUAAUCAUUUGUGUAUCAGUUGCUCACCUCAUCUGAGGAAUAUUUUUUCUGGCAUGCCUCAGGUGACUGACAAAUCCAAAGCGGAGAAAAUUCUCAAUGAAUUGAAGUCUAAGGGGUCCAUGUUUAACAAUAUUAUUCAGUGGUAUGAUCGGUACUUCCCAAAUGAAAAUGCUUUUCCAACGGGAACUGAAUAAUUCUCUCUUCAAAGCCAGACUCCAUUGACAGAAACAGUAAUUUUACCUCGCUGAACACAGGAGCUGCUGGUCUACCACUACCUCUAUCAGUUUGUUAGUUUGUGUUAUUGUGUGACGUUGGCGUAUUAACGGGUGAGUUUUGAUUCACCAAAGUCCUACAACACACACAACAAACACAAAUUAACUGAUCGAGGCAGCAAUAUACCAGCAGCUCCUGUGGUCAAUAAUGUAAAAUUACUGGUUUUGUCAAUGGAGUCUGGCAAGAAUUUCCUUCGUCUUAAAAAUCUUCGUAGAGGAGGCUUGUGAGAAAAAGUUCAACAUAACGUGAGUUGAGUAAUUGAUAAAGAAAUGACAAUUUUAAGGGUGAAAUAUACAUAAACACAGUUUGCGUUUGUUACUGAACUGAACUCAAAUGUUUGGCUGAAACUAAAAAAUCAGGUUUUCAAUUAUCUGGUUUUAACUUGAGAUUUACCAACACAUCCACACACACUCCUCCAUCCAUCCUCCAUCCCUCUGUCCGUGCAGCUCUUUCAUCACCUACACUUAUUUCUCAUUAUUAUUAACAGUCAUUGAAAAUUCCCAACACACUAGCUGCUACAUCCCAGUAAAACACAUUUCAAUUAUUUUUAUAAUAUAAAAUUUGGCUGUUUGUUUAUAUAUGAAAAUACAUUUCUACAUAUAUUUAAGUGUUAUUGUAUUGUGUAUAUAAUCAGUAUUAGGCAAAUGAAGCCAUGUGUAGGACGGAGUGGCGUCAGGAUGUGGAUCAUUGAAGUCUCUGUGUAUGUGACUGUGCUAUACGUUAGGUUUCUGUUUGACUCGUGCCCUGCGACGGGGUAGUCAGGUUACGUUUGGGCAGCCUGGAAAAUUUUAAAUGAAGCCCUUAUCCACACAAGCUCUGCAAAAAAACAAGGGGACAAGUGGGGACCCACAAUGUGUUUCUAAAAAUCUGUUGUAUUUGUGUGUAUGUUUGAGAGCUUUCAGCCCCAUAUCCCCAAACCCUGAUCCUGAAUACUGCCUCACAGAGACUUAACACAUUUUGAUGACGAGUUGUUCCAGCCCUCAGCAACAUGUCUGACCCAUGAUGAGAGUGAAGGCUGUGCCUCUUUGUGACGCUUUUAAUUCAUCAACAUAUGUUUUAUAUGAUGUGAAACGAUGUGGGGAUGUUGUCGGAUAGUUUUGGUAGGCAUAUCAGCUCAGGUCUUAACUGUUCUUCGAGGCAGGGUACAUCCACAAAACAAAAUAUGACAUGGGUCAGACUUUUCUUUCUCUUUUGGAUUUUUCAUGAACUGUAUUGAAAUCUUGAAAUUCCCGAUGCUUGGACAGUCCAAGCAUGAGGUUUGGGGACCUUGAUUUUUGCCUUGUUCUCUCUGCUGGCUAACUAAAAAUCUCUUUGUACAUAAAGACUAGGGGCUUUAGAUCUUAGCUUUGAUUAAUAAGCUUAAAGAAUGUAACAGACUCCAUAAACCGUCCUCCAUUAUUUACUGUGUCUCUGAGCUUUUUGGCUUUCAUCCAUUAUUCAUCUAGAAAACAUGAGACUCUUUGCACUGUCACAAAUUACUCGCUAUGUUUAGAGAAUGGUUACUGGGAACAGAAGGAGCUUUACUGUACAGACUCGUAGGAGAGUUGUGUGAUAUUCUGGUGGAAAGUAAUUUGUUCCUUCCCAGAUGUUCUAGAAGUCUCAUACAUAACCCAAACCUUUCCUACUCCUCUUUCCACUCAUGAGUAGCACAUGUUGGGGAGGCUGUUGUAGCUGCUGCUUGAACAGAUACUGUAUCUAUUCCAGGUCCUGCUGCAUCUUUGAGGGCUCGAGUAGAGCUGACUGCUCUGAGUCCACAAAGUUGUCUUUAACAAUAGGAUAGAAACGGUGCCUUAGAUUGAGAUUUAGUAUUUUUAUUGUAUCACAGUUAACUAAGAAAGCUUGUCCUUACCUCGGCCUCGACAAUCAGUCUACCCAACCAGGGCAACUUUGUGAAUAUGAAUAUUUCUCUGGAAGAUUUACGAACCUAACAAAGCCCUGUCCACAAGUAAGAUUUGUACUGUAAAUAUAUCUAAAGUGUACUGAGAUGAUACAAACUGUUAAAACAAAUAAAGUCUUGCAAAAACACUC